AUAAACGAGAUAACUAUUUUCUCACUUUCCCCUCCUUUGAGCCUUUUGCUGUCAGCAUACCAAAGCGAUUUUACCAAAUAAAUGUCUACUGCAGAAGUCACUAACUCAUCAGAUCUCAUUGAUUUUCUAGUAAACAAAGGCAAUGGAGUAAAGGGUCUUUCCCAAAUUGGUCUCAAGAACGUACCUGAAAAAUUCAUUCAACCUCAAAUAGAAAGACUAAAUUUUACCCAAAUAGUGUCCUCAGAAUCCAUACCCAUCAUUGAUUUCUCAAAUUGUGAUGAUCCAAAAGUUGCAGAGUCAAUAUGUGAUGCAGCAGAGAAAUGGGGUUUCUUUCAGAUCAUUAAUCAUGGAAUCCCAGUUGAAGUUCUUGAGAAUGUAUUAGAAGCUGGGCACAAGUUCUUUGAGUUGCCCGUUGAGGAAAGGAGGAAGUAUUUGAAAGAGAAUUCACCUACUCAUACUGUGCAGUUGAAGACCAGCUUUAGUCCUCUGGCUGAGAAGGUUUUGGAGUGGAAAGAUUACCUUUUUCAUAUCUAUGAUUCUGAGGAUGAGAGCAGCACUAUGUUGUGGCCUGCUGUUUCCAAAGACCAGGUUCUGGAGUACAUGAAGUGGGCUAAACCUGUUAUAGUAAAGCUUCUAGAGGUGCUGCUCAAGGGACUAAAUGUGAAGCAGAUUGAUGAAGCAAUGAAGUCUGUUGUAAUGGGUACGCUGAUUGUUAACCUCAUUCACUACCCUACGUGCCCGAACCCUGAGCUCACUGCUGGUGCUGGCCGUCAUGCUGAUGUCUCUUCAAUCACUAUGCUCCUACAAGAUGAUGUUGGUGGCCUUUAUGUCCGAGAACCCAAAGGCGAUGGCUGGAUUCAUGUGCCCCCAGUCAAAGGAGCGCUCGUAAUCAAUAUAGGGGAUGUCCUUCAGAUCAUGAGCAACGAUAGGUACAAGAGCGUUGAGCAUCGCGUGAUUGUAAAUGCCAAUAGGAACAGAGUAUCAGUGCCAAUAUUUGUGAAUCCAGCGCCCGAUGCAGUUUUUGGUCCUUUGCCACAAGUGCUAGAAAAUGGAGAGAAACCGUUGUAUAAGCAGGUGAUUUAUUCAGAUUAUUUCAAUUAUUUCUUCAGUAAAGGUCAUGAGGGAAAGCAGGCAAUUGAAUUUGCAAAGCUAUGACAAUUUGCUGAUUCUACCCUCAUUGCAUCUAUGCUUGGACAGUGGAGAAUCGAUCUAAAUAAUCUUAAAAGGUGUACUCCCUAAAAUUACAUCAUAUAGAAAACCAUGCUACCGGCUUAGUUAACUUUGUUUCCCUGGUUGUACACUAUUCAAACUAUUGUGAUAGAACAUAUGAUGGAUAGACUCUUUUAGAAUGGAUUUAAGUUAUAUAUACUAGCAUUGUAAAGAUUAUUUUACACUAUCAGUGUACUUUAACAUGUUGUAGUAUGUUAGUUAUCCUUUUUA